AUGACACCUACAAUCAUCUCAAAGGAGCAUCUCCCUCUCAGCAACAAGUCGAGAAAGCCAAUAGUGGAGAAGAUGCGCAGAGAACGUAUCAACAGCAGCAUUGAGCAGCUCAAUUGUCUUCUGGCUCCAGAGUUUCUCAACCAGCAGUCUGAUUCCAAGCUGGAGAAAGCAGAUAUCCUGGAGAUGACAGUCAGUUUCCUGAGACACCAGCAGUCUGUUCUAGACUCCAGUUCACAUGCUGUCAAUCAAGGCUUCUCCAGGUGUGUCCAUGAGAUUGUGCACUUCCUGUCCAAAGAUGAGAUGAAGACACAGAGCCAGAGAAGACUGCUGAAACACUUCCAGGACCUGCAGACAUCAUGUGAGCAGAACAGGAGGGAAAGUGUCCUGACUCAGCUGAUCUCCUCAGACCAGAACACCUUCAGUAAAGAGAUGAAUGUCAACAAGAGCAUCAUCUGGAGACCUUGGUAGAACCCUACAUGAACUGAUCAUGUUUGAAUGCACAAAACAAUUAUGUUUCUCGUUUUGAGAAGAGUGUUUAACCAGUUCCACUAUGGAAAAGAGUUUUGUACUGAUAAGUACUCUGAUGAUUUUAUCUUCUAUGAAGACUUCAUGUAAAGAGGUCCAGAUGGGAAAAUAUACUGACGUCUCUAUUAGACAACAUUGACUUUUACAUUAGAUACAUUUAACAGUUUUCUUUACUGUAUUAUUGUCCUGUGUCAGGACUGAAAAGAGAUGGAUUUGUUAAGAGCCUCUCUUGAGGUUUUGGUAGAAUCUCAUAUAGGCGACAUUCUUUUAUGUAUUUUUAAGUACUUGUUUCUGUCUUCAAUGAAGAU